AUGUUCAAGUCCAAGUCCAAGUCUAUGAUGGUCACUGUAACCAGCCUGCUCUUUCUAUGGAGUGGCUCUAUGCACAGCACUGGCUUUGCUCAAGCCUUUCUGGUCAGAUCAGGAUCUCUACAUCAUCAUGUGACAACAGUAACAACAGCCUCAAGCAAACCACUACAUGUUGUAAGUCUUUUACCAUUGAGAUUGGCAAAAAAGAAUUCACAGUCACAGUCACAUGCAGCUUCAGGCAAGGGUUUCACCAAACACAAGCAAGACAAGGACAACAAAGAUAAGGACAAACAAAAGCAGGCAAGAAAACCUGUCAAGAAUGUCAAGAAUACCAAGAAACAAACUGUCAAGGCAGCAGCCACCAUUCAACAAGCAAACAAAGAAAUAUUUCAGAAACAAGACCAACAACCACCAGCACCUGUCAAAGCUGCACCUGUCAAAGCUUCAUCUAAGGCUUCAAGGCAGUCAAGUCCAUCUCUCAAAGCUAAAGCUGCAGGUGGUCCAAGCCCAGGAAGCCCACCUUCUACCACUGAAGAUUCAACUUUUAUGGCUACAUGCAAUCUCAGGGACAAUCUCAGUGACAGCCCCAACUACUACUUGGGAGAUGGAUCUGGAUACUUGGACUACUACCAGGAGGAAUAUGGAAAAGCGAAACAUGAACAGUUGCAAGAUUUUAUCAAUGCUCCCUAUGGAACCAUGAAUCCAAACAACAGGAGAGUGCACGACUAUGUCAUUCUGCCAAGACAAAACAAGAAACAGACUGCUCAGCAGCACAAGGAACAACAACAGCAACAGCAAGAAGAACAGCACCACCAACAGCAAGAAGAACACCAAGAACAACCACAGCAACAGCAACAACAACAACAAGAGCUGAUGAUAGACAACCAGCAGUACCAGGUCUACUCACAUUCUCCUCAUGCUGCGGAAAGCUACGGAAAAGCAAAGUACGAUCAGCAAGAUGCUUUCAUCAACAGUCCAUAUGGAACCAUUAAUCCAUACGAAACUAUGAUGGGAGUACCAGCAAUGCAAGACAGACAACAACAACAACAACAACAAGAAGCAAGCACACCCAAGCAAUUGUACCGAUACGUCAGACCCAAACAGGAACCAACCGUUACUCCUCAAGAAGAACAGACCGACAUAGUACAACAAUCAUCACAAGAAGUGCAACCACAAGAAGACGAAACAACAAAAGAUCUCGAGCCAGACACAAACCAAGACCAAGACCAGUACUUUGUCGUAGACAGGUCGAGGGCAGACAUGAUGAUUCAGACCAAAGACGCUGCUGGGAACAACCAGUCAGAGGAGUCUCAGUCGCCUACCGGUAUUAAUGAGGACAGCACCAGCAUCGACGACGUCACAACUAGAGAUGAUACCAGUAUGCAAGAGGCCAUAGCUACGGAGAAACAGAAGAAUGAAAAGACCAAUCCAAGCACAAAAAUGCAAUCGAGCAACAAAGAUGACGCCACGACCGCGCAAUCCACCGCUACCAAUCAGAAUAACGAAAACCAGAAACAACAGCUCGUCCCGUCAAUGGCUGGAAACAAAAGCAAGCAAGCACCCAAACUGAGAAAUAAUAACCAAAACAAAAAUAUUGUGGAAAAAGCAAAUCAAGCGUCACGAGACUCCCCGCCGAUGCCGUCAGGCCCAGACGCCAACACGAACGAGCAGAGACCAGACGACGAUGGAUACGGAAGAUCACAGUACGAACACCAAGAAGCGUUCAUCCACAAUCCCUACGGGAACACGGGACAGCAACCACCACAACCAAUGACCGAGGCAUCGACAACUAGUACUACGAGUUCCAAUCAAGACGAGACAACGUCGGCACGAGCAACCAACGACGAGGACGAGGACGAAAACGAACCGGAACAAUACUUUUACGUGGACCGUCCCCCGAAUCCCAUGAUGGACAUGGCCAACAACAACAACAACAACCUGCCACCCCCAAAUCCCACAUUUCACGAUUCGGGGUCCUACCCACCGCCGGUAGUGGACGGCGACUACAAUACGCAAUCCAGCAUGAUCAGCCAUCGCGAAACGGAUUGGAACCAAGAGCAGGAAUACGAACUUCAGCAGCAAUACGAGCUGCAACAGCUACAUGAGCAGCGACACGAACAGCAGCAACAGCUACACGAGAGACACAGGAGCAUGCUCGAAAUUGACAGGAGCUACUUUAGUAGUCAACCGCCGCAAGAUGCCAUGGAACAACCACCUCUACAAGAACGGAAACGACAGCCACUAUACGAGGAUGAAGAGCGUGGAUAUGGUCGAGCUCAGUACCAAGAAUACGAAUCUUUCAUCCAUGAUCCGUGGUUCUGGUCCAUGGGAAGAAACAAGCCGCCGAGCUUCGUCCAGGGUGGCAUGUCAUCCUCCCGUGAUGGUCCCAUGGAACAGUCCAACGCCGCUCCACAAGAAACUUUUGUGGAUCAUUGGAUGAGUCCGAAUGAGGACACUGGUGGAGAAGGUCCUGAUAAUGAUAGUGACAACAUACAUAACAGUGAACGCAGCGUGGAUGUUAGUCAGCGAAUGCUGGAAGACACAGAAGAUCUGUACAGGUCCGAAGUGACAGCAGCGGCACCGCAGCCGCCCAAAGUCGCAGAGCAGGUUGAUAGCCAUCAGGACGUGUUGGAUGCCUACAUGGACGAAAUGACUCCCUACUAA